UUGAAUCUGGUGGAAUACGAACGUGCGACUGACACAUGUGCUUUGAAUAUUAGGAAGACGAGACUGAACGAUGACAGUGCAGGACAUGGACAUUUCUUUGAAUAUUUCCGCAGAACCUGCUGCGCACAAGAAAACAGGGAACACUGACGAUUCUAUUCUUAGUUUAAUGAAACAACAGAAAAAUAAGACAGGGAAAAGUAAAGUUGUUACUAAUGAUAAAUCUAAACUCGAGUCUGCGAAUUUUGGACCUAAAAAGAGGGUUAAGCAAAAGUUUCUAUCAAGGAUUGUUGCUAAAAGGUUGAAGGGGGCUAGUUCAAUUAGGCAACCUUUGAAAAAAAGCACAGUACAAAAGAAAGUUAAGUUUAAAAUAGAACACGAUGAUGUCACACAUAAAAAUUCAAAGCGAGAAGUAGAUAAAUCACACUCAACUGUAGGUAGCAAAGAUAUAGAUGUAAAUGAGUCAUUGUCAACUGUACAUACAGAAGCUACUACAGCACCUGUCAUAUCAUUUACCAAAGUCACAAAAGAAAACUUUGGUAAAACAUUAUUAGCCAGGAAACGACCCAUCAAAGACACAGAUUCCAAGAAGACACUUUCUAGCAUAUUUUUAAAGCAAAAUGAACUUGCAAGCACAGGAGCUAAUUUGUUAAGUUUACAUAAAAAAAUAGACACAGAUGAAGAUGUAGUUUCAAGAAAGAAAUCUAAACUAGAAGAAACCGGAGAGUUCUCAUCUUUGAAUGAAACAGCUGAUAAUACCAGCAAGAUGAAAAAGAAAUUUACAGAACCUAAAAAAUCUUCAUCCCCAAUGGAGAAAACAGAUCAAAAGAAAAAAAAACAUGUAAGAAAAUCAAUAGAGAAAUCUCAUAGUAAUCUGAAAAAUGAGAAGGGAACACAUAUUUCUCAUAAAUCUACUGGGAAAGUGUCUUCUUUAUUUGGUCACAAUCCUGAAAUACCAAAUAUUGGCCAAAGACUCGUGAAGCCAAUAAAUGAACAAGUCUUUGCGGGGACAACUUUCACCGAUCUAAAUGUUCAUCCAUUUACUAUAUCCAACUUGGAGCAAAAUAUGAAAAUCACUAAAAUGACAAUAGUACAGCAGAAAGCAAUUCCUCAGGUACUAUCUGGCAAAGAUGUUUUAAUUAGAUCUCAGACUGGAUCUGGGAAGACCCUGGCUUAUGCUUUGCCAAUAGUAGAAUUCUUGCACAAAAUUAGGCCUAAAUUAAACAGGAAUAGUGGUUUAAAAGCUCUUGUGGUUGUACCAACCAGAGAGCUGGCUUUACAAACGUACGAAUGCUUCUUAAAGUUAAUAAAACCAUUCACAUGGAUUGUGCCAGGUUAUUUGGCAGGGGGUGAAAAAAGGAAAGCAGAGAAAGCUAGGUUAAGAAAGGGAUGCAAUAUUUUAGUUGGUACACCAGGUAGAUUGUUAGACCAUAUAAAGAUGACUGCAGCCUUGAAACUAGGAGAUGUUAAGUACUUCGUUUUAGACGAGGCAGACAGAAUGUUCGAUAUGGGUUACGAAAAAGACAUUUCAGGAAUAGUGAGCGCUUUAAAAGUUUCGACUCCGGGUGAGAAUACAAGUUACGACGCGAUGAAAAUGCUCCGACAGAAUGUAAAGAAAGUUUUCACCGAAGAGGAACUCGAACAUAUAGAAGAUGGUACCGACUCAAAAAACGAGACACAAACUGAGGACCAAAAAGACUUAGAAAGUGACAGCGAGGAUAAAGUUAAUAAACAAAGGCCUGUGUACCACUCUAGUAGCGACAACGAUUCCGAGAAAGAUGAGGAGGAACCAUUCGUCAAAUCGAAAAAAUCGGAUAAACGGAAGAUUUCUUCGAGUUCCUCGAAGACAGAAGAUCCCAAGGUAUCGAAUAGCAGUGCUCAACAGAAAGAAAUCGAAGUCGAUAGUAAUAAUCCAUCCAGAAGGCAGACAAUCUUGCUUUCCGCGACUUUAACACAAGCCGUGGAAACACUAGCUGGCCUAGCGAUGGAGCAUCCUGUGUUCGUGGACGCCGCGAAAGAGAAUUUAGAAAUGACCGGGAACGACUUGAGCGAUUUAAACGAGGACUUGGUGGUCCCACAAAGCGUGGUACAGACUUACAUCGUUACACCCCCAAAGCUCCGGAUGGUGACCCUGAGCGCUUACAUCGCCGGGAAGUGUCAGAGCCACGGACAACAUAAAAUAUUAAUAUUCAUGGCCACCCAGGACAUGGUCGAUUAUCAUACGGAAAUUCUGUCCACGGUGCUGUCCAAACCGGUCGACGACGAGGACGAGGACUCCGAUCCGUUGGUCGACGUGGAAUUCUUCAAAUUGCACGGGAACAUGACCCAAAAGGAACGGACGGACGUGUUCAAAACGUUCAGAUUGACGGACAGCGGUGUUCUUCUUUGCACGGAUGUCGCCGCUCGUGGAUUGGACCUGCCGAAAGUGGAUUCCGUGGUGCAGUACACCGGACCAACGUCAGCGAGGGAUUACGUGCAUCGAAUCGGUCGAACGGCACGAGCCGGUUCCUCCGGCUCGGCGACGAUCUUCCUGACACCGCCAGAGAUCGAGUUCGUGCGAAUGCUCGAAUCCAGGCGGAUCAGGAUCAAGCAAGAGAGCAUGGAGGACGUACUCGACAAACUAUUGACCCCUCUGUGCAAGCACACGUCCGCCCAAGGGGCGGCGAUCGCGUUGCAGAAUGAAUUCGAGAAUUUGCUGCUCGAGGAAUCGAAGUUACGCGGAAAAGCUGUCAAAGCGUACAUCUCGUGGAUCCGUUUCUACUCGAGCUACCCUCGGGACAUGCGUGAGAUCUUCAAUCGUAAGGAUCUUCAUCUGGGCCACUUCGCGAAGAGCUUCGCGUUAAGAGAGACCCCCCAACGAAUCGGUGGACUCGGGAAGAAACUUCGGGAGAAAGACACCGUUAAGCCGCAGCACAACAACAAACUGUCGAACGAGCGGCCCGACGGGGUACUGCCGGCAAAGAAGUCGACGCACGACCAGCCGAGGACGACGACGACGUCCACGGGGUUGCUGAAGAGAGUCAGGAUGCUCAACACCUCCGAGUACGGCAGCGGCCUCGAGCCCGCUAGGAAGCCAAAGAAAUCCUGAACAUCGCAUUAUCGCCUCGACUACUACCUGGUAAACAAGAAUGCGAUUUCGUUUCACCGUGAUUCUCACACCUCUUGUGUAAAUAUCCACCCUCCUUUUAACCGUGUGACGGCUUAACCGGGAAAUCAGGUUAUCCGUCUUUCCGCGAAAUCCACUGACCAGUGGCCUCUUGGUCUGUGCGCAUAAUACCCGCGUAAAGGAGAAUUAUUUCUUCUAAAUAAUAUGUAUCGUACGGUAUCUGUACGUUAUCCGACAGCAAGAAAUAAAUACAAUUCCUCCA